AUGUUUACAAAGUUUAAAGAGAUGCUGACUACACUUCAGGCAUUACUAAAGGGGACGAAGCAGAAAGUGGUCAAGGAACAAGUAAACAUGACUGAGAAAGAUGGGAUGGCAGUGCCUCAAACAUUGCCACCCAAGCUAAAGGACCCAUGUAAGUUUACUAUCUCUUGUAAUAUUGGUGGAGUAAAGAUCCCACAUACUUUAUGUGAUUUAGGGUCUAGUAUAAAUUUUAUUCCAUUGAAUAAGGUUAAAGAAUUUAACUUGGGAGAGAUCAUACCGAGUAAUAUGACUCUUACUUUAGCUGAUUCAUCUAUUACUCACCUGUUUGGUAUCUUACAAGACGUGUUAGUACAUGUUGAUGGUUUAAUGUUUCCUGCAAAUUUUGUUAUACUUGAUAGAAAAGGAGAUUCAUGA